AUGGCGAGAGCUACACGUUCAAGUGCCCGGCUGGCCGCCGCUGCUAGCACAACAGAACCACCAAACAGCCUCAUCUCUGCCGCCAAACCAGCAAGAGGCAUCACCAAGACGGCGAAGCACGACGUAUCAGAAAAGGAAGAUGCCUCACGGCCGGAAAAGAGGAAGCGGGCCGCAGCCAAGGCCUCAAGACCAACGCCGUCCAAGAAGAUCAAGACAGAGGAAGACGGCGGCGAUGCGCCAUCGCCGGGCUUCCACGAUGUGCCCCCGUUGACGCCGCUCAAAAAGGAGAACAUCAAGUCCGAGAGCCCGGACUCCAAGUCCAAAGUCGCCAAGUCGCCCGCCGACCUAAAGUCUAAGAAACUCAAGGCCUACUCGCAGUACGCCGACAAGUCUCCGUUCCCCGACUUCCCUCACCCGACACCGGAUGAGUGUCGCCUAGCCCACCGCAUCCUGGCCGGCCUCCACGGCAAACGGGAGCGUCCCGCCGAGGUCAAGGCCUCCUCCACCCGCGCCGGCUGCGGCGACUCGCCGUCGGUCCUGGACGCCCUCGUCCGGACCAUCCUGAGCCAGAACACGAGCGACACCAACUCCACCCGCGCCAAGCGCAGCAUGGACGCCGUCUAUGGAGGCAGCGACGAGUGGGAGCGCAUCGUCGACGGCGGCGUAUCCAAGCUGCAGGAGGCCAUCAAGUGCGGCGGCUUGAGCCAGGUCAAGAGCAAGGUCAUCAUUGGCAUUCUGAACCAGGUCAGGGAGAAGUACGGCUCCUACUCGCUCGACCAUCUCUUCAACGCCUCCAACGAGGACGCCAUGCAGGAGCUUAUCAGUUUUCAGGGUGUCGGGCCCAAGACUGCCAGUUGCGUCCUUCUCUUCUGUCUGCAGAGGGAGUCUUUCGCAGUCGACACCCAUGUGUGGAGAAUCACCGGCCUCAUGGGCUGGCGUCCCAGGAGCGCCUCGAGGGAUGAGACGCACGCCCACUUGGACGUCAGGAUCCCUGACGAGGACAAGUACGGCCUUCACAUCUUGCUCGUCAAGCACGGCAAGGUGUGCGCCGAAUGCAAGGCCGGCGGCAAGAGCGUCGGCAAGUGCGAGUUGAGAAAGGCGUUCCGGCAGGAGAAGAUCAAGAGCGAGGAAGGGAAGCCAUCCAAACUAGAUGAAUAG